AUGGCGACGCCCGGUCCCGGGGGGCUGCUCCUCUGGGCCUCCGCGGGGCUGCUCCUGGCGGGCCCCGGGGGCGGCAGCGACCCCGGCCUGGCCCCCCUGCGCCCAGGUGCGACCGGGCGUCGGGGGCCCGGCUGGGGGGCCCCGGCCCUGGGACCGCUGUCCGCCCUGCUGGCUCUGACCUUUGCCCUCCUCUACAGGUGGCUCCAGGGGCAGUCCAGCACCGAAGUGCUCCCUGAGAAAAAGCCUAAGGAAGGCGAGGCUUCCCAGACAGAGCUGCAGCUGGCAGAGCUGGAGCAGCAGCUGGUGCUUACGGAAAGACUGCUGAGCGGCCUCCUGACCCAGCUCGACCCUCUGUCGGACCGCCUGGACGCCCUGGCCGGAGCCCAGCAGGCGGAGAUGGCCGCGCGGCUCCGAUCGCUUCGUCGGCUGCUGGACGGCAGAGCGGACAGCGUCGCGACCCCCCCCGCCUGGAGCGGCCCUCCCGCGGAGCAGCUGACCGUCGGCGGAGGAACCCGGGCUUGGAGUUCGGAAGAGGAAGGAGCUGAGAUGGCUUGGGCUCCGGAUUCUGGCGGGACGGAGGCGGGGGUGGAAGCUGGAGGUAGAGAAUUGGCUUCGGGACCAAGGCCGGAACCGGGAGACUGGGGAUUGAGGAGGAGGAGGAGGAAGAGGAAGAGGGAGGCCUAAACCCACCCGGCAUCCCGUUCAUUCUUGCUCUCCCAGGAGGAGGCUGGGCAGGGUCUGUUCCUUCAACUCGGAGGAGACUCCCACUUGGAAGAGGAGCCGCAUGGCAGUGCCUCUCCAGCUGGGCGUGACUCCAUCAGGGCAGGAACCGGAUCCGGUCUCUCCUCCGUCUCCCCACGCCUUAGAAGGUGGGCAGAGGGGCUGAAGGGCACCUCGAUUCGUAAACGGAAAAAUAAAGCCCAUUUGAACUAGA